CGCACUCUUAGUGGAGGAGAGGGUUUCGAAAUCCAGCUGUAGCUCAAAGUGAUCGCCUCCUUGGGCAUAUCCAUCUAAGAGGAUUGUGCCCUUUUCGCCCUCGUAUCACUUUUUUUGUUGUUCUGAAACUGUAGGGUUUUUCUUAUCUGCCACUCAGGUUUGUGAUAUAGUGAUUGUUCUGCUGAAAAAUAACUGAAGUUGUUCUUACAUGGCUGAAGCACCUGCCUAUGACUAAUUUGCGCUUUUUGUACUGACUUGAUCUGUGUGUCCUAACAAACAUGACACAGCUUAAGUAUUUUUCUUUUUGGUCUACUGGAAUGGUUUCAUUUUGCCAUUCAAGGAAUACUUGCUGACAACGUAGUAGGAAUCCAGGAGUAAACUCUUAGGAGAAAUCAUGAGCUGGACUCAUUACAAAUGCUAAACUUCUGUCUGCUUGGAGCUACGCCAUCUGAGGAAUCCAAUCAAGAGAUGACCACUGUGUCAAUGGAGCCCAUAGUGGUGAUGGUGGAGAAGGUUUCCAACGUCACUGAGCUUCCAGUUGAAGCUUCUACUAAAGACAUGGCUGCCACCUUCACUAUUGGCACCAUCCUGUCCCUAAUGUGUCUGGUGGGUGUGUCUGGAAAUAUCUACACGCUCGUGGUCAUGUGCCACUCCAUGCGCUCGGCUGCCUCUAUGUACAUCUACAUCAUCAACCUGGCACUAGCUGAUCUGCUUUACUUACUCACGAUUCCAUUUGUGGUGUGCACACAUUUCCUGAAGGGCUGGUAUUUUGGAGAUGCCGGAUGUCGAAUCCUCAUCAGCAUGGACUUCCUUACAAUGCAUGCAAGCAUUUUCACCCUUACUGUCAUGAGCACAGAACGUUAUUUUGCUGUCCUCAAACCUCUGGAUACAGUCAAACGCUCGAAGAGUUACAGAAAAGCAAUCGCCCUCUUGGUGUGGACGGCCUCAUUGAUUCUCACCUUACCCAUGAUUAUCAGCGUCCAGCUGAUGACGGAAAGCUCCAAGCCAAUGUGUCAACCUACCCUGAGCCCUCUCUCAUAUAAAAUCUACAUCUCCUUUCUCUUUGGCACCAGUAUUGUAGCUCCAGGGGUGAUAAUCGGGUACCUGUACACACGCCUGGCACGAACCUACUGGAUUUCCCAAACUGAGACUUUCAAGCAGACCAAGAAGCUCCCAAACCAGAAGGUCUUGUAUCUGAUCUUCACUAUUGUGCUUCUGUUCUGGGCCUGCUUUCUGCCUUUUUGGAUCUGGCAGCUUCUAGGUCAGUUUAAGCCCGAGCUGGAUCUCUCCACCAAGGCCAAGCGCAACAUUAACUAUCUGACCACCUGUCUGACCUACAGCAACAGCUGCAUCAAUCCAUUCCUCUACACCCUGCUCACCAAGAACUACAAGGAGUACCUCCGUAAAAGACAGAGGACAUGGACAGCUGGCAGCUACCUCAACCGACGGAGUCGCUUCCAGCGGUCGCCGCGUCGCUCCUUAUCCUCCAGCAGUCAGCAUUGCACGGAUAGCUUUGUGCUCGCUCAAACUUCUCGCAUCAACAACAGUAGCCUCUAAGUUUACCUUCAUCUUCGCUCAGUCUAGCGGUUCUGUUUUGAAUCAACCUUGGCCAGACUGUUUUAGUUUUGCGGUCUUGGGUCUGAUUUUCGGACUGCUCUUUACUCUGCAAAGGGCUAUAGCUGAUAUAUGAGAACUUGAAAUGCUUGACAGAUUGCUU